UUUUUAUAUCUAGGGCUGUGAAAAGGUCCCAGGGUUCUGCCCUUGUACUGAACAGAACUGUAUUUACAGGAAAUAGGCAGCAUCAGAGGGAGCAAGGGGGCAACAGUGGAAAUACGGGAAAUGGUGGCAAAAACUACGCGAAAUUUGCGUCGACAUGCGUAGCAUCAGCUGCUGCUGUAGCUGCUCUAUACGCAGCUUCUAAUUCAAGGAUGGAGCUACUAGCAGAAUCUGCAGAAAAUACCUUGGUUGCUGCAGAAAAUAGAGUUAGACAAUUCUCUACUCCGGACAAAAUAUUCAACUAUUUUGCUUCCUAUCAGUUUGUCAACAAAAAGAAUGGACGAAAGAGUAUGAUGAUGACACCCCUUGAGUUCUACAGCUCCGUGACCCCGGACUGCAGGAGGGUGCACGGUGUAGGACCAGGAGUUCAUGUUGAAGUAGAUCAACAGGAACUAGACGAUGGCAAGGUUGUAAUGGAGAGGUCCCCUAUAUCUGGAAGUGUUCUCAAUGAGAUCGGAAAACUUGGUUUGCUCUCCUACCAGGACUUCUGCUUUCUCUUAGCUCUCAUCUCUACACCUAAACGAUACAUUGAGACUACCUUUAACAUGUUUGAUGUAACCGGAGACGGACAUAUUGAAGCAAAGGAGUUUGCUUAUGUCAGCACUAAGAUGGCACACAAGUCAGGGGGAUUCGGUUCAUAUACAGAUACAGAUCAGGAGGAAAUAUUGGCAUCAAGCUCAGGUCUGUUAAACUAUCUAUUCGGUAAAAACCGGGACCAGUCCCUUACCAAGGAGAAGUUCAAGAAGCUGCAGACGGACUUGCUCGACGAGAUCGUUCAGCUGGAGUUUAGGGAGUACGACACUGAGAACACAGGACGUAUUUCCGAAGCUGAUUUCGUCAACUUCCUUCUCAAGAACGGGAAGCUGAUGCCUAAGAAGAGAGCGCAGUUGAUAAAGAAGGUUCAGUCCAGAUGGCCGGCUAAAGGAAGAGGUGUCUCACUUCCAUCAUUCAAGAGCUUCUUUAUGGUUCUAGCAGGAGGACAGGAACUGGAACGAGCUCUGUUCUUCCUAGAUGUUGAAGGAACAGGAGUUGACAAGGAGGAAUUCAGGAAGAUCUCCUCUUGGGUUUCUCAGACAGAAUGCAGUGAUCAUGUUGUAGAACUGAUCUAUGAAAUGCUGGAUGAUGAUGAGGAUGGAAGAUUGUACAGAGAUGAUAUUGCCCAGAUUCUGCUGGAUUGGAGACAUUCCAGAGGAUUUGCAAAGGGAGGAAUUCAGGUUUCUCUGGGACAGCUCAGCAUUUAAAUCUUCAGUAAGAGGAAGCUACAGAGACGAUGGGUCAUCUUCACUCUGUCUUGAAGAUAUAUCAAGGAUAUUAGUUUAAAAAGUUCAGAGGUUGUUUUUAAACAGUUCAGGGGUUGUUUGUAAACAGUUCAGGGGUUGUUUGUAAACAGUUCAUCGGUUGUUUGUAAUCAAUUAAAGGUUUUUUGUAAACAGUUCAGGGGUUGUUUGUAAACAGUUCAGGGGUUGUUUGUAAAAAGUUCAGGGGUUGUUUGUAAACAGUUCAGGGGUUGUUAGUAAACAGUUCAUCGGUUGUUUGUAAUCAAUUAAAGGGUUUUUUGUAAACAGUUCAGGGGUUGUUUGUAAACAGUUCAGGGGUUGUUUGU